ACAACAGCAAAAAAUAGCUGUCAUAUUAUUGGGGGCCUAUCUUUACUCAAAAAGAAGGGUCUCCUUACUUUUUUUGCGUUUCUCUUUCUUUCUUGCCACAAUUCUUCUUUCUUUCCCCUUAUCGCUCACUCACUCGCUCACACCUUUUUCAAGUAUUAAGCGAGUUUAUUUAUUCUUUCCUCAAGACAACUUAUUGGACGACGAUACUCUCAUGUCACGGCAAUCGCAAACGUGCAGUCAGGGACAAACAUGCGAAUUAUUAGAUGGCUUUGCGCUUCUGGUUCAGUUGACGCUCGUAUUGACGGCACUGGCUGCGCUUGGCAUUAAACGGUGGCAAGAACGACCCCGACGACCGGUACAGAUUUGGGCACUCGAUGUGAGCAAACAAUUCAUCGGAGCAGGCACGAUCCACUUUCUGAAUCUAGGAAUCAGCUAUCUUGCAGGCCGACCGACCAACGGACGACCUGCGACGAACCUCUGUGUGUGGUACUUUUUGAGUCUGAUGGUCGACACAACCAUCGGCAUUGCCAUCCUAUGGUUCUGGCUGCGUAUCCUCGAAUGGACGCUGGCCACCUUUUGGAACAUCCGCAACCUGCAGCACUAUGGCGACCCGGCCCACACCUCGUCGACGAUGCUGUUUCGCCAGUGGGCAAAGCAAACGGCUGUGUUUGUGCUGGCCGAGUUUUUGAUGAAGAUCUGUAUCUAUGGCAUGUUUCAAGCCUUUCCUGCCAUUUUUGAGAUUGGCGAUUGGGUGCUUCAGCUGAUUGGUACUGAGGAUGGCCACUAUCAAGUUGUGUUUGUCAUGUUUGUAUUCCCGUUGUUUAUGAACGCAUUUCAGUUCUGUGUCAUCGAUACCAUCAUCAAGGGCAAACACCAUCACGACGACGCAUCAUCACUACUGUCGUCAAAAACAACAAAGCAUCAUGCACCAUCGAAAAAGAACGAAUCGACCACUUUUCUUCAUUCGAUUAUCGUCAUUGACCAACAGAAGCAGCAUCCACAUGAGCGCUCACCGUUGCUUCCGUCCGCCUGAUUAUAUAUUUUGACAACAGUGCGACAUGAACGAUGAUGACGAUGCUAUAUAUAUACGAGGGACACACCAACAACAGCAACAUCUACCCAAUUUUAUACAUAGUGAUGUGAUACAUAUAUCCAUAUAUACAUAGUACGUAGCAUAUAUACCCCAACACCGGCAAAGAAUCAUUGGCAUCCGCGCAGUAACAACAACGGCAGCAGCAGCAGCAGCAGCAGUGCCCUCAGAAGGGUCAUUGACCAUGAUCACUCAUCAUGGCCCCAUUACUGCAGCAGGCCGUUUUUCUCUUUCUCAGCUAUCUUUUUGUGUUGUAUUUACCUUUCCUUGUACAUAUCUUCUCCUUACUUUUUUUUUAUCUAUCGUAUAUCGCACAUACAUAAAACCACUCUUGAACAACAAC